UUAGUCGGAAUCCGGGCCGGUCUUGAGGGGGAGAAGGAGGCAAGAUGGUUCUGGAGAGCACCAUGGUGUGCGUUGACAACAGCGAGUACAUGAGGAAUGGAGACUUCUUACCCACUCGCCUGCAAGCCCAGCAAGAUGCUGUCAACAUCGUGUGCCACUCGAAAACCCGCAGUAACCCCGAGAACAACGUGGGGCUCAUCACCUUAGCCAAUAACUGUGAAGUGUUGACCACGCUCACUCCAGACACGGGCCGGAUCCUUUCAAAGCUGCACACGGUGCAACCCAAAGGGAAAAUUACCUUUUGCACAGGGAUCAGAGUUGCUCACCUGGCUUUGAAGCAUCGCCAAGGCAAGAACCACAAGAUGCGAAUCAUCGCCUUCGUUGGGAGCCCUGUAGAAGAUAACGAGAAAGACCUGGUGAAGCUGGCAAAGCGUCUGAAGAAAGAGAAAGUCAACGUUGAUAUCAUCAAUUUUGGAGAAGAGGAAGCCAACACGGACAAGCUGACCGCCUUCAUCAACACCCUGAACGGCAAGGACGGCACCGGCUCCCACCUGGUGACGGUGCCGCCGGGGCCGAGCCUGGCCGACGCCCUCAUCAGCUCCCCGAUCCUGGCCGGGGAGGGAGGUGCCAUGCUGGGGCUCGGCGCCAGCGACUUCGAGUUCGGGGUGGACCCCAGCGCCGACCCGGAGCUGGCUCUGGCGCUGCGGGUCUCCAUGGAGGAGCAGAGGCAGCGGCAAGAGGAGGAGGCCAGGAGGGCUGCGGCCGCCUCUGCCGCCGAGGCUGGGAUUGCGGCCACCGGCGGGACGGUGAGGGCAGGGGGAAAGGUGGAUUCGGACGAUGCUCUGCUGAAGAUGACGAUAACUCAGCAGGAGUUUGGCCGGGCCGGGCUGCCCGACCUCAGCAGCAUGACGGAGGAGGAGCAGAUCGCCUACGCCAUGCAAAUGUCGCUGCAGGGAGCGGAGUUUGCGCAGGCGGAGGCGGCCGAAGUGGACAGCAGCACAGCCAUGGAUACCUCCGAGCCCGCCAAGGAGGAAGACGACUACGAGAUGCAGGACCCCGAGUUCCUGCAGAGCGUGCUGGAGAACCUGCCGGGCGUGGACCCCAACAACGAGGCCAUCCGCAACGCCAUGGGCUCGCUGGCCUCGCAGGCUGCCAAGGACAGCAAGGACAAAAAGGAGGAGGAGAAGAAGUGAGGGCGCCGGGG